AUGACCUUCCAGGACGCAAAGGACAUCUACAACAACCGUCUGCAAAAGUCAAUUGAGGAGGUGGACAAGUAUUUCCCCGGAAGCCACAAACCCCUGCCCGAUACUAUCCCUUCCAACGUCAGACCACUGCUCAAGCUGCUCCAUGACGAAGACUACGAGGUUGUGACGCUAGGAGGAAUCGAACUGCUCGAUAAACUGGCCAAGGGCGAAUGGUCUGCCGUUCGAGUCACGGGUGCGUACAUUCGAGCUGCCGUGUUGGCCCACAAGCUGGUCAACUGCGCGACCGAAUUCCUUGCAGAGCGGGCCUACAACCGAGCCAAGUUCCUUGAUGAACAUCUGGCCCAAAAGGGGCCCGUUGGACCCUUCCACGGCUUGCCUUUCUCCGUCAAAGAGCUGCUGGGCGUCAAGGGACAUAUCUCCACCUGUGAAAACUCCUUCUUUCUGGACUCGGAGCCCAUGGAAAAGGAUCUGGUGCUGAUCCAGCAGCUGGAGAGCCAGGGGGGUACCAUAUUUGUGCGAACAAACGGCCCGCAGCUCUGUAAUUCUCUCGACAGUUACUCUCCUGUCCACGGUUCCACUCUCAACCCUUACAAUACUUCUCUGACCACUGGAGGCUCUUCUUCCGGAGAAGGAGCUCUGGCGGCCUUUGGAGCGAGUAUCAUUGGUCUGGGAACCGACAUUGGAGGCUCCAUUCGAGCUCCUUCUUCUUUCUGUGGAAUCUACGGUCUCAAGCCCACCAGGGGACGCCUUUCGAUGCUCAAUUGUGUGGGGUCCAACCCAGGAAACGACUUCAUCAAGGCCGUUGUAGGUCCCAUGUCUCGAGACCUGCGUCUGAUUGAUUUGUUCAUGGAGAAUAUCAUCAAGCAAAAGCCGUGGAAGGACGAUGUUUCCUUGGAGGCUGUGCCUUGGGAGAUUGUGUCUUCCAUCCAGCCCAAGAAGCUGACUCUGGGAUACACCACCUUUGACGGGGUGGCCCAUCCUCAUCCCCCUAUUGUACAUGCAAUUGAAGAGCUGGUCAAGAAGAACGAUGGAAAGACUGUGGACGGAGUGGAAAUCACUUUCAAGAAGUACACCCCUGUCAUUCCUGAAGAUAUUAUCCACAUGCUCAUUGGAAUGUUCAUGCCCGACGCUGGAGAGCGAAUCAAAAAGUGGUCCGAGAAGUUUGGAGAGCCCUUGGAUGACCCUGGCCCGGAGGUCAAGGCUCUGGCCAAGAAGCUGGAAAUUAGCGAUGUCUUUGCCCUCAACACCAAGCGAGACAAGUAUAGACAGACCGUGUGGGAGGACUGGAAGAAGCAGGGGAUCGAUGCGGUGAUUUAUCCUGUAUACAUUUCGCCCUCGUCUGUGAUCCGAACACCCAAUUAUGGAUUGUACACCAUGCUGUGGAACGUGGUGGACUACCCGGGAGUGACUCUUCCUCUAACCAAGAUGGACGCCAAGAAGGACUACGGUCCUACUCCUGAGCCUGCCAAUGACAUGGACAAGAAGUUCCUGGGCAUGUACGAGCCGGAGAAGUUCGACAAUGCUCCCAUUGGAGUUCAGAUUAUCGGCCCUCGGUUUGAGGAGCCUCUGCUGCUCAAGGUGGCUCAGCUUCUCCAGGGCACUGUUCAGCCUUUGGGCGAGUAG